GCGGAAAAAAUUUGAAGGAAUUGCAAAAAGGGCUGGUUGUACCAUAUUGAAUGGCUGGAUUCAAUCCAUAUACAACCACCUCUACUUCAGCGUUGCAAUGUCCGAGGGUGAUGUGGCUCUUCGGAUCAGCAUGUGGAAGAGCCUGACAAGACACAUUGUGAACCUGCACACUGGUCAUGAGGGGCCAUAUCACCGGUGCCUGCACGAAGAGCUGUCUCACAAGGACUGGCUUGACGCUGGGAGUGAAGUGUACAAGAAACUCUGUGGAACGGUUUUGAAUACUCGUCUGCUCAAAGACAUUGAGCAACUGUCCGCAGAUGUGCAGACAUCAUGUUUGGAGGCUUUCCAUUCAUUGAUGAUCCGUUUCGCCCCGAAGUCGGUUGCAUAUUCACCAGCCUUGAUGUCUGCUAGAACCAUGCUUGCAGUCCUGCACCACAAUGCAAACACUACACGUCAGCAAGCUUGUGGCAGUGACGGCAAGCCUUUAUUCAAACGGAAGCUGAGGACAGAUCCUGUACCUCCGCCCAUGACUGCAGCGUAUGCACGCUUGCCCAAGGGAACACUUGUGUCUAGGCGCAUGCUGCGUUUAAAGAGCUAG